GGAAAUACUAGUAUCUAAUAGUGUAAUAAGAUCUUGAUGAUUUCUGAGUAAGGAUAGAAUUGUCUUCCUCAUCAAAAUUUGGGUGCGGCAAAUGCCGGGUGCGCAGAGGGGAGCCGUAUAAAAAUCGGGAUGCGCACGUUAGCACUCACCGCGUCCACGGCUCAGGUUAGCGUCCCCACCUAUAGCGGUGGGCGGUGGUCUCAUCUUUCUAGCUCUCCACAUCAGCCGCAAUCCACCACGCCGACCCGCUACCCCCAUCACUUUAUACCUAACCCUAUCACCACUCCUUCAUUAUGUCACCGUUCUCCGCCGCCCCCUCAUCUCCUCCGAUCUUUACAUCUUCCAUCUCCUCUCACAACCGACUCACGCAACCACCGCCAUGGCCGCAUCGCCUACCCCGUCGAGCGAGGAUCUGCUUACAGCGCUACCCGAGAACCAAUUCUCUAACGUCACGAUCGCAUCCCACGGAGGCGCUUCCUCUCGCCGCCUCCCUCCACCGUGCUGGUCCCACGACGAGACCGCCGCUCUAAUCGACGUUUACAGAGACAAGUGGUAUUCCGUUCGCCGCGGGAAUCUCCGGGCUAACCACUGGCAGGAAGUCGCGGCCGAUAUCGCCACGAGAUGUCCCGUCGAUCUCCCUAAGACCUCGAUGCAGUGCCGCCACAAGAUGGAGAAGCUACGGAAACGUUACCGCGCUGAGAUCCAACGCGCCGCUUCCUACGGCGGAGGCCCGUCGCGCCGUUACUGCUCCACCUGGAUCCACUUCAAACGCAUGGAUGAGAUGGAGAGGGGCCCCGAUGCUGCCUCGCCGGCCCCGGAAGAGGAAGACAUGGAAGAUGAUCAGGUAGAUUUCAAUCACAAUAGCUUCAGACACGCCGGCCAUACUUACAACCAGAACAACCGGAGAUAUAACGAGCGGAGUAGCUUUCAUGGUUCAAUGAACAAUAAUGGCGGUCCUGGAUUUCGGAUACGAAUUAACAGUGCUACACCUAUAGCCACCGCUCUUCCCAUGGCCAAGCCUUACGGCAAAAUUGAUGGCUCGAGCAGGUCAUAUAGAGGGGAUGGGGUGAUGAAGAAAGAGAAAAUAGUGGUCGGAGAAGAGACUGUCAGGAAGAGAAAGGGAAAUCCUAUAUUGGAGGCUGCCAGAGCAAUCAAGAUGAUGGGAGAAGGGUUUGUGAGGAUGGAGAGUAUGAAAAUGGAUGUAGCGAGGGAAUUGGAACAAAAGAGGAUGGAAAUGGAGAUGAAAAAGACCGAGUUGAUUCUUGAAUCCCAACAGAAGAUGGUGGAAGCUUUUGCCAAGGCCUUCUUGGACACGAAGGCCAAUCGAAUGCCGACCCCAGAAUGGUAAGGGCUGUUGUAAUUUAUUUUGGCUGUCAACUUUUCCUUUUCUGGAACAUCGGAAUGAAUUGAUUGUUUGCAUACAAAAUGAGCAGCAUUUAAGUGUUCUCAAAUCUUGCCUUUCUUUUCCCAGUGGUGGAGGAACCUCAGAACUUCAAUGUGCUCUAUCUUUUUUAUGAAGUGAUAUAUAUUUUCUCUUGCAAUUGCCA